AUGUCAAAGAAAACUAUUAAGUCAUGUUACAUAUGGGAUGAACUCCUAAUGGCAGAAAGUGAUCGUUUACCGGCUGUCGCUAAAAGGGCUUCCAGAGUUCAAAGUUUAAUUGCUAGUUAUAGUCUUAUUAAUAAAUUGCAAGUUGUAAAUUCCACACCAGCGUUAUAUGAAGACCUAAAGCUAUUCCAUUCUGAAAUUUAUUUAGAGCAUUUGAAGACACUGCAAAAAGUAGAUGAUGAUUAUGUGAUUGGAAUUCAUGAUGAAGAAUUUGGUAUAGGAUAUGAUUGCCAACCAGUAUCGGAUAUGUAUAAACUGGUAUCAGUAAUAGCUGGUGGUUCAGUGGCUGCUGCUAAAAGCAUUAUAUUAGGCAUUGCUGAUGUUGCUAUUAAUUGGUUUGGUGGUUGGCACCAUGCCCAAAGGUUUUGUGCGGAAGGUUUUUGUUAUGUUAAUGAUAUAGUAAUAUGUAUAGAAAAACUAAGGCUGAAGUUUAAAAAAGUUCUAUACGUAGAUUUAGAUGUCCAUCAUGGUAAUGGUGUGCAAGAUGCAUAUAAUUUAAGCAACUCAGUUUUCACCCUGUCAAUCCACAAAUAUGAACCUGGGUUCUAUCCAGGUACAGGAAGUGUGGAUGAAGCUGGUAAUUUGACUGGAAAAGGGUACACAUGCAAUGUUCCUUUACAUGAAUCAUAUAAUGAUGAAACAAUGGAAUAUGUAUUUGGAAAAGUAUUUCACAAAGUCUACGAUAGUUUCAAACCUGAUGCCAUAGUGGUUCAAUGUGGUGCCGAUGCUUUGGCUGGUGAUCCAAUGGGAGGAGGUGGGCUGACAAUCAAAGGAUACUGUACUUGUGUCCAAAAUAUCUUAGAUAAACAAAAGCCUACUGUGCUCUUAGGUGGAGGUGGAUAUAACUACAGUAAUACAGCUAAGCUGUGGGCUUCCAUCACAGCUCUAGUUGUGAAUGUAGAAUUGGAUCAAAACAUUCCAGAACAUGAUUAUUGGCCUUUCUAUGGACCAGAUUAUAUCCUCAGUAUUCAGCCUCUACUUGGAAGAGAUAAAAACUGUAAAGCUGAUCUAGACAAUUGCAUAACAAAAAUUGAAGAUAAUUUGAAAUUUAUUAUUGAAGGUGAAACCAUAAAACACAAGACUGAUGCAGAAAAACAAAAUCAAAUUAGUACAUAUAAAAUUUUUAAGGAAACAUUGUGGAAUAGGCGAAAGAAAUUACAGUUUAAAGAAAAGAAUGUUUUAAUCAAUGAUGAAUCAUCCAAUAAUAAUGAUGUGUACAAUUUUAUUGAUUAA